GCUCUUUAUAACAAUGCUCCGCACACUCUUUUUUUUCCACUCAACUCCAUAUACCCUCCAGCUUUGAAUUCUUGAAAUAUUUGAAAUUAAAUUCCCUUCCGCCCGUCUUUACAAAUAAUUAUAUUACAGUAUAUAUCUUGUUUCACUAAAUUAAAUAUCAAAAAAUGGCCUUACCACAAGAGAAUUGCACUACACUUGAUUUAAUUAGGCAACAUCUUCUUGAUGAUAAUGUUUUCAUGGAACAUUAUUGUCCCCAACCAAUUCUUUAUUCUCAAAGCUCCUCCUCUUCUGAAUCUUUAAACUCCAUUGCUUCUGAGCUCAAUAACGACACUUUCUCCUUUGAACCAACUCUCAACUAUGCCGACACAGCCCAAAGUUCCAAUCUUGAUAUCUCAACCUUCUUUAACAAUUCAAAAACAGAGUUUGACUGCUUUGAGUUUGAGACAAAACCAAACGUGUUAGCUGCUCGUAUUAGUCCAAAUUCUCCGAAGCAAACAAGCUUCAAAGAACGCAAGCCUUCUCUAAAUAUUGCUAUACCCCUGAAGCAUCAAGAGGUUGUUCAGAAAGUGGAAAAAUCCAAUGAGAGCGAGAAGAAGCAUUACAGAGGAGUUAGGCAAAGGCCGUGGGGCAAGUUCGCGGCAGAGAUUCGUGACCCGAACCGAAAGGGGACUCGGGUUUGGUUAGGAACCUUUGACACUGCCUUAGAGGCGGCUAAGGCAUAUGACAGGGCGGCGUUUGAGCUUAGAGGCAGCAAAGCUAUAGUGAAUUUCCCUCUCGAAGUUGCAAACUUUAAGCAAGAAUUUAAUAAUGAGAUUCGGCCAUUGGUGAACUCAAGCAGGAAAAGGGUGAGAGAAACAGUGAAUGAGGAGCAACUAGUUAUCAAUAAGGAAAUGAAAAUAGAAGAAGAAAGAGUCCCGACGGCUCCAUUAACGCCGUCAAUUUGGUCGGCAAUUUGGGACAGUGGAGAUGGGAAGGGUAUUUUUGAAGUGCCGCCAUUAUCUCCACAUAUGGCCUAUUCUCAGCUUGUCAUGAUAUAAUCAAUAAUGGAUAAGGAGUAUAUAAUUUGGGAUGUUAGUAUUUGGAAGAUGAUGAAUAUAUAAAUAUGCACCUGACUAUGAAGAAAGUCUGAGGUGAAAUCAAGAAUUAAGAUGAGAUUCAAUAGGAAGAUGUAGAACAAUAAAAUAGUCCAUGGAUGUGUCUUUGGGUCUUUAAUCUUUUCUGAUUUUAUUGAUUUAGCGUUAUUUCAUGUAAAUACGCAGUGAGUUUAACAAUUUGUUCGAUUCAUUUUAUGAAGUUAUUCAAUUAAAGCCAAUUUGGAAGA